CGGGGUUCCGGCACGGGCAUGCACAGCGCUCGGCUUGACAGCUUCCUGGGCCAGCUUCGCUGGGAACUGGCCCGCAACCCUGCCUCCCGCCCUGGUGGCGGGUGCCGACUUGCCCAACUCAGCGUGCUGCAGCCUGCCGGGACUGCCACCAGGUCGGCUGAUGUGAGCCACACGAACCUCGUGUGCCAGUGCCCCCAUGUAGCCUCUGCGCCCACUCCAGGCCUUGCUGCCCAGGUCUGCAGGCCUAUCCAGGUCUCUUAGGCCUUCUGUUCUGGAAUUGGGCUGUCCAGGCAACAGGAGUGAUGAGACCUGCCCCUCGGACCUUUGCUUCUCUUCUACAGCUGUGUGGCCGGGACACAGGCUCGCCCCCGAUGCCUGGCCCUCUACCAACACCCCCCAAAUCCGGCCCAACUGUGAGGCUCCGCAACCACCGGCUCAGGGCUUCAGAUGCCUUGGAAGAGGACUCUAGCUGCUGUGCAGAGGAAGAGGAGGAAGCUGUGGUAACCAGAGACAGGAGUGUGGCCUUGGCGAGAUCCAGGGAACAUGCCCUGGACUGGGACUCUGGCUUCUCGGAGGUAUCAGGCAGCACAUGGAGAGAGGAGGAGCCUCCCACACCCCAACAACCAGUACCCCCAGCACGGCACCCCCACAGACAGCACCUCUUGGCCAGUGGCAUCCCCCUGCCCAGUGGGGCCCCUGUGACCAGUGUACCACCUGCCCACCGACCACGGCCCAGGUCUACCCCAGAUGCCUGCCUGGAGCACUGGCGGGGGCUGGAAGCUGAGGACUGGACAGCAGCCCUGCUGAGCAGAGGACGCAGUCGCCAGCCCCUAGUGCUGGGGGACAAUUGCUUUGCUGACUUGGUACACAACUGGAUGGAGCUGCCUGAGGCAGCGGGGGAGGGGGAGAGCGGGGGUGGGCCCCGCAUCCGUGCUCGGCCCCCUCAGUUCCUGCAUGGACUCUCUGAGCAGCUGCGGCGCCAGCUGGCCAGGGCACGGCGGGCAGCCAUGGCAGGAAAGCGACUGUCAUGCCCACCUCGCCCGGAACCUGAACUGCCUGCAGACGUCUCCCGCUUUGCCGCUCUCAUGAACUGCCGCAGUCGCCAACCCAUCAUCUGCAAUGACGUUGUCAGCUACCUCUGACCCUGCCCUCCAGCCUGGCACAAUAAAGGCCUUUUUCUGGAC